CCGUGGUACUCUUGACUACGCUACUCCUUGGGACGUCAUGGUCGACAUGUUCUUCUACCGUGAUCCUGAGGAAAUCGAAAAGGAAAACGCUGAAGCUGACAUUGAAGAAGGUGAAUUCAACACUGAAGCUGUUGCCAGCGAAUGGGCUGUUGAAGGUGAUGCUGCUGAAGGUGUUGCUGGUAUUGCUGCCGCUGCUGACUGGUCUGCUAACCAAACCACUGACUGGGCUGACGAAUCUGCUGCUCCCGCUCAAUCUUCUUGGGAAGCUUAAAUUCAUAGAGAAAAAUAAAAUUUUAAUUUCUUUUCAGGAGUUUAUGUCUAUGUUGAAAAAAAAAAGAGGGAGGGGAAUGGUUACACAUACCAAUUUAAAAAAAAAAAAAAGAAUGUCUCCUUUUCUUUCACUUUUUCUUUUUACUAUUUCUACAACCAUGUCUGUUAUUUCAAAUAAUAAUGAUUUUGGUAAUCCUUUAAAAAAGUUUAAACUCGUAUUUCUUGGUGAACAAAGUGUUGGAAAGACUUCACUUAUUACUCGGUUUAUGUACGACACAUUUGACAAUACAUAUCAGGCUACCAUCGGCAUUGAUUUCUUAUCCAAAACCAUGUACCUGGAUGAUAGAACCAUUCGUCUUCAGUUAUGGGAUACGGCAGGCCAGGAACGUUUUCGGUCUUUGAUUCCUAGUUAUAUACGCGAUUCUUCUGUUUGUGUGGUUGUGUAUGAUAUUACCAGUCGAAAUUCUUUUUUAAAUACGCGUAAAUGGAUUGAUGAUGUACGCGCUGAAAGAGGAACAGAAGUGAUUAUUGUGUUAGUAGGAAAUAAAACGGACCUGAACGAUAAAAGACAGGUCACAGUAGAUGAAGGAGAAGAGAAAGCAAAAGAAUACAAUAUUAUGUUUAUAGAGACAAGUGCCAAGGCAGGAUAUAACGUAAAGGCUCUAUUUAGAAAAAUUGGCCAUGCCUUACCUGGUGUCGAUCAUCCUUCAGAAGAUGGAGCAAAGGAACAAUUGACUAAGGUUGACUUGAUGGACACUUCAGCAAGAAAAGAAGAAACAAGUUCCUGUGCUUGCUAAUACAAGCGCCAAUUUAUACCAUAAUAAAAAAGAUUAAUGCCUGAAAAGGCAAAUUUAAACCGAUCGAGCUCACACAGGACUAAUUGUUUAAAGAGAUUGCUAUGCACACAUAUUUAGAAAUUGUUGCUUGACUUGGAAGUGCAGUAUAUGUUACACAGCAUUUCUGCUUGUAAUACAUGCAAAAAAAGGAUAAGAUUUGAUUAUGUA